AGAUUGGGCGCUGCAGAUGAAGCUAUGUACGAGCGGUUUGUUGUGCCUCCAUAGCGCUAAGCUGCAAACCGGGAGACAAGGGUCAACACGGUUGAGGAAGCCAAGGUUUAAGACAUGAGUCUUUCUUUAAGAACUGAACUAGCAUCCGAUAAGACGAAGAGGAAAAAGAGGCGUGAACUGACUGAUGAGCAGAAAGAUGAGAUAAAAGAAGCGUUCGAACUCUUUGACACGGACAAAGAUAAAGAAAUCGAUUACCACGAACUGAAGGUCGCAAUGAGAGCUCUGGGCUUCGAGGUGAAGAAAGUUGAUGUGUUGAAGAUUCUGAAAGACUAUGACCGGGAAGGAAAUGGAAAAAUAACUUUCGAAGACUUCAAAGAAGUGGUGACGGACAGGAUCCUUGACCGCGACCCCAAGGAGGAGAUCCUGAAGGCGUUCAAGCUGUUUGACGACGACGAGUCGGGGAAGAUCAGCCUGCGGAACCUGCGGCGCGUCGCCCGAGAGCUGGGCGAGGACAUGAGCGACGAGGAGCUCCGGGCCAUGAUCGACGAGUUCGACACCGACGGCGACGGAGAGAUUAACCAGGAGGAGUUUGUCUCCAUUAUGACGGGAGACUCGUGAGACUGGGCGCCAACUGUCAGCACGGCGGACUGACGGUGCUCGGCGAUGUUGCUGUUGCCAAGCAACCAAACUUUUUGAGCCCAUUUGUAUGAGUCACGCUGCAGCAGUUUGUGUGGUCACUCCACCAUUGCCACGGUUACUGUUUCCAUCGCUAGACUAGCCCCUCCCAACAAGAACAACCAAAGGGACCAACACCAACAACCAGAGGUACCUCAUGGUAGCUAGUUUAAAAGAGGCCUGUCUUUUACUCUGUCGCAACUCAUGCUUUGGCCAUAGCAUCCAGAACAAAGCAAAGCAGAUAGGACUGACUGACUUGUAAAAGCAUGCAGAUCCCAUUGUAAUGCACCAAAUAAUCUGAAAAGCUACGAAAGCAUAGCCGAGCUUUAAAAUCAAAAACAACUUCUUUGUCUGCGUGUGGUCGGGACUUAGGGUUUCAUUGUAGUUUGUUGAAGCAGUUCAUUCCUUCUAAAGGAAACUCUAAUCGUGACCAGGAGCUUUUCAUGUUGUUGACGCAUUAUUGAUGUUGGCUUUGUAUUUGGGAUUACUUGUUUCAACAUUCUAGAGCUCAUGCACUGUGAGAUUUGUGGACAGAGUUCUGUAGAAUUAUUAUACUUUUAUGUAGAAAUUUGGGAUUUUUUAUAUUAGAUGUUUUGUAUCAUUUCAGUGUCCUAUUUCGGUUUGAGUUUAAUGAAUGUGAUAAUAAAUACAAGCAUCUGUCAAUGUA